AUGAUGAACUUCCCUUGUGCUCUGUACUACCCUCCACCAGUGGGCAAGGCAACAAAUGGGGCCAAACUGGCCUACUGUUUUUCUGACAUGGGUGAGCUCCUACCAUUGCCAGCUGAUAAGAAGACAGCACAUGCUUAUAGAAUGGGGAACAAAAUGAAGGGGCUGGAAGGACAAGUGGAGGAGGCAGAGGAAGAAAGGAAGCAGUUGAAACAUACAAAAAAAAUCAAGAUGAAAUCAGUUUUUCAUAAACAAGCAUCUGUUCAACAUGAGCUACAGAUGGCAAUGAUGAAACAAGAAGAUCUUUUGAAAGACAGCAAACAUACCUUGGUCCUGAUGGAACGGCAGAAGGCAGUUCUUGAGUUAUCUCUAAUGACAAAGAAAUCUGCGAUUUUGAGGAUGGACAAGGCCAUUGCAAAAGAGGAAAGACAGUUGAUAGAGCUUGAGAGGAUCAUGGAGAAAGACAACCUUAAAUUUGAAGAGGUCCUUAGGGACAAUGAGAAGAAGUCAGUUGAGGCCAGAACACUUUUUGAAAUGGAGGCCAGGUCAAAACAGGAGAAGAACAUUAAGAUCAAGAAGCUAACAGCUGAAAUAGGAACUAUUAAAAGUGAAAUAGCCAAGUUUGAAGAGAUCCUGACUGACUACAAGCGAUAUAAAGAGCUUCUGUUCAAGUUGUCUCCUCAAGAGUGGCAGCAGACCCAGAAGACUCAAGCUUUCAAAGUUCUGUCUGCCAAAGACACUCUGGACAGACAGAGCAGGAAGUCUGAGAAGUCAGCUGUUUGGAAUGGUUUUGAGAGCAAAGUCUCCAGUCCAGGUACAGAGCUGCCCUCCAUGCGGAAAACCAAAUUGUCUUCAGCCCACAGCAAGACACUGCAAGGAAAUACCAACACACCAUUCUCAACCAAUACCAAAGGCCCUUCACUUGAUGAUGACAGCUCAGAAAAUGAGAAUGAGCCACUACUAUACUUCACUGAUCCUCAGCAGCUACUGAAUCUGGUUACAGAGCUAACAGAGCAAAAUUUAAACCUCAUUCAGAAUUCUUCAAAAGUGAUAGAGACUCUGGAGGGGUUUCAACAGUCAGUGGAGACAACCAGAAUGAAAAUGGAAAAGCACGAUGAGCAGCUAACAACGCAUAGAAACAAUAUGAAACAGAGAAUUGAUGAAGAGAAAGAAAAAGGCACCAAGCUCAAACAGAAGGUUCAGCUCCAUGUCUCACUGACCACAGAAGAUCAGGAUGUCAUGUGGGACAGUCUGGAUGGGAAGGUAGCAGUGGUCCAUCAUUGCUGUGUGGAUGACAGGAUAACUAACCUGAGCACCUUAGAGAAGCUGGCCAAUAUUGAAAGCUGUCUUUCGUCACUGCUACAGCGUGUUCAGAGCAUCCCUGAAGAAAACUUAGGGAUGAUGAAGAAGAUCAAGGAUAGUGAGAGGAGAAGCAGGCAUCGUGAGGAAAGACUGAAGGAGCAGAGAGAGAAACAGAAGGAAAAAAUGAGGAGGUACUUGGAAAAAUCACUGGCUGACUCUAAGAAAUUUAGUACAAGAAAGCUUUUGCCCAGAUGCAUGCCUGUUGCCCAGAAUAUCAGAGCAAGCCAUGUGGACAUCACCUCAGCUGAAGACGACAUCCAUGCUUUUCUUUUUAAAUCUUUGGAAAAAGACUGAAAAAAAAAAUCAAAGCUAUGUCAUUGUAUAACCAAGUGGAAUGAUGAAAAAAGUGUAAUUGAAAAUGUGUUAAAAACUAAUAUUUGGUUUCCUAUCCCUAUUAAUGUAAUCAUAUCAAAGAAAAUGACAAUCUACAUAAA